AGUGUGUUUAGUCGCUUUCGUCGCUUGAAACGUGAAACAUACGACAACUGAAAACGAAAUUAAAAUUGCAACUUUUUGUAUGUUACGUCAGUCGUCCGUCGCUGUUGUUGUCACAGUCGCAGUCGCAGUCGCAGUCACAAUAGCCGUCGCCGUCGCCGUUGCCGUCGCAGUCGCUGUUGCAGUCAUCAGUGCUGCCAUCGUCGCCAUCAUAGCGGACACUUUUUGGCGCCGUUUUGAGUGCGCGGCACUGGCUUAAAUAAUAAGCGCGAUUCGAAUUUAUUUGUGAAACGGUUUUUCAAACAGUGGUCCGGAAGCAUAUUGCACAGUACAGACUGCAACAAUAAACAAGACAACCACAACAACAACGAGUGGAACGAAUAUGACCACCUCAACGCCCAACAGCACCGCCACCGCCAGCAACAACACCAGCACCAGCAGCAGUACCAGUACCAGCAACAGCAACAACAACAACAACAACGAUAACAACAAUCGACAGGGGGACAGCGAGCGUGCAACAUCAGCAGCGGCAACUUUAUACAGCAGCAACAGCCCGACUGCAACAUCAGCAGCCAUAGGAUCAACAAAUCGUGUCAUGCAAGCGGAUGAGGAUUUCAACAUACGAUUCGUUAAUUUGGUGCGCACGCAUCGCUGUCUGUACGACAAGAAAGUGCCGGAGUAUCGCAACAGAGACAACCAGGAGAAGGCCUGGGCGCUUAUAUCGAAAGAGACACGCGAGAGUGUAAUUCAUUGCAAGGAACGAUGGAGGAAUCUGCGUGCCUGUCUCUCGCGCUAUAUCAAACAGCAGAGCGGCUCGGAGCCACAGCACAAACCUUAUUAUCUGACCGAGCACAUGGCGUUCCUGCUGCCCUUUCUCAAGUCCACGCGUAAUUCAAUGGAUGGCAAUACGAGCUUGGCUAGUCUCUAUCAGUUCUCGCAGCAGCACUUGCAGUUGCAGCAGCAGCAUCAGCAUCAGCAGGAGCAUUUGUACUGCCACAACAACAAUAACAACAUUGCUUUCAGCGAGUCCUUGGAUCUGAAGCAGUCGCUAUCUGAGAAUGACGACGAGGAGACUAUCGAUGCAUUUGAUCCAGCCAUAGCCGCAACGCUGGGCCUACAGCGUGCUGCACCCACACCCGGCUCAAAUGUGUUGGCUGCACCCAGAUCGCCGGCGCAUAGCGAAACGGCGAGUGCGAAUAGCCUGCAGAACUUUAUACCUGACGUGCAGCUGGCUGAGUCUGGGCAAAAUUUGAUAUACAACGAUGCACCCUCCACACCGUUGCAUCAUCAAAUGCAACAUGCCCAUAACCAUGUGCUCCAUCAGCAUCACUUGCAACAGCAGCAGCAUCAACAGCAGGCGGCGCACUUCGAGCCGUGCAGCGCCAAACGGAUCAAGACCGAGUGCGAUGCGACAGGCAGUGGUGUCGCCUACUUUGGCGGGCUCAGCGCAACGGAGCACACGGACAUGGAGUUCUUUCGUAGCAUUCUACCGGACCUUGCAGCACUGACGCCGCAGCAACGACGCAAGUUCAAAAUUGGCAUCCUAGAACUAAUCGAUGAGGUUGUGGAACGCUAUCCGUCGCAGGAGCGUUUGAACGGUGGUGUUCCUAACGGCAGUGCUAGUUCUGCAGCUGCUGGUGCCGGUGGCGGCGGAGUUGGCAGUGGUUCCGCUGGCAACAGCACAGCAGUUCGAUAUCAGCGCCGCAAUUCGGGUCGGGAAUAUAAGUAUAAGAUAUAAGAACUUAUAUAUAUACAUAUAAGAUAUUUAGUUAGUUAAUCUUGAACUAAUUGAUGCUGAGAGCUGAGAAGCUUAAGAUGGGAGCUGAGGGAUGCAAGGGUAAUGAAGAAAACACAAUGCCAAAAACAAAUUAUGAAAAAUACGACUAAAAGUUUGAGACAAGUUUAAAACAA